GAAAAACCCUUUUCAGUUUUCAGGCUGUAUAUUGAAGGGUUUUGCUCCAUCUUCCCUUCAGCACUGCGAAGAAGAGAAGAGAAGAGAGAGAGAAUGGUGAGGCUAACGGCGGACUUGAUCUGGAAAAGCCCUCAUUUCUUCAAUGCUAUUCGCGAGCGCGAGCUAGAUCUCCGAGGCAAUAAGAUUCCGGUUAUAGAGAACUUGGGUGCUACUGAGGACCAAUUUGACACUAUUGAUUUGUCGGACAAUGAGAUAGUUAAGCUUGAGAAUUUUCCCUAUCUUAAUCGGCUCGGGACAUUGUUGUUGAACAACAACAGAAUUACUCGCAUCAAUCCGAAGAUUGGAGAGUUUUUGCCGAAACUGCAUACCUUAGUUCUUACUAACAACAGGCUCACUAAUUUGGCUGAAAUUGAUCCGCUGGCAUCCCUCCCGAAGCUGCAGUUCCUGAGUCUGCUUGAUAAUAAUAUCACGAAGAAACCCAAUUACCGCUUGUAUGUCAUCCACAAGUUGAAGUCUUUGAGAUUGCUGGAUUUUAGGAAAGUAAAACAAAAGGAGCGCAUGGAGGCAAAUAAUCUAUUUGCUUCUCAAGAAGCUGAAGAACAGGCUAAGAAGGAGUCAGUGAAGACAUUUGUACCUGGUGAGGUUCCAGCCACUCCUGAGGUGCCAAAGGAAGAGCAAGCACCUAAACCAACUGCACCCACACCAGAGCAAAUUAUUGCGAUUAAGGCUGCCAUUGUAAAUUCCCAAACUCUUGAAGAGGUUGCAAGGCUUGAGCAGGCUUUAAAGUCUGGCCAGCUUCCUGCAGAUCUCAUCAUUGGUGAUGAUGAUGCUGGCUCUAAGAAGGAUGAUGCUAAAGAAGAUAAAAUGGUUACAGAUGGUGAGGAUCAAGCUAAUAAUGAGCAGGGAGAUAGUGUCACUGAACAAAACGAUGGUCCUACAGAAAUGGAGCAGGAAUAAGUUUCAAGAAUAGGUGGUGUGUUGCCAGGACAAUUUUACACAUGCUAUCAUCUAUCAGUCCUAUAAGGCUAAUGGUUCUGCUAGAUGUGGAGCUUCACUUUUGUGACAAAUGAGGUUUAUUAGACUGCAUAGCUUAAGCCACUGCCUUCUGGUGUAUUAUUAAGACCCAUUUACAUUCCUUUUACAACUACUAAAACUUUUACCUUGCUUUGUAAUCAACCGAUGCUGGCCUUGCGAAGUUGCACUCUUACUGGCCUGCAAAGAAACUGUAUCGCUAGUGUUUUACAUUUACCGGUAGAAUGAUUUGCUCUUUGUACAAAAGAUUAUGAAACUCAUUGUCUUGAUUUUGGAAUUAACAGAACAUUCAAUUA